CCUUUUUAGUGCAAACAAGUCAUCGAGCCAUUUUCGUACAUUUUCCUGAGAAAUGAAGUGUUUCUCGACAAGUGCUUACCCCAUCGACGCAAAUAAGUGAUAGUCGGAAGUAGUGAAAUCUAACGAAACGCCUCGUAUUCACUUAAGAGAUGAGUGGAUGUUUAGCGCAUUCUUUGGCAGAAUCGAAACGGAUCGGUAUCGGAUGUAUGUAAGUUUUCCAGAUUAUAACUGAGGGAAUUAUGACCCGCGUAGAAGCGGUUGCCAAAUCGCAGGUCGCUCCUGUUUAAUUUCACUGUGCUGCACCGGAAGAUUUUAUACAUCUUUUCGCCUGCCGUUGCCGUGCGUUUUGUUUCCAAUGGAAAUCCGACUAUUUCUGCGCCCAUUGCGAUACCAACGUAUUAAUGUGAAUUGAUUGGGCGGACAGGCAAAGCUUAAGCGAAACGUAGUUAAGCUAAAAUAUCAAAUAGCCCACGAAAAAGCGUAGAAGUUCAUGAAAAGUACAUAUUGGCAUCAUUUCGGAAGAGUAUAAGCAACAAGUGCAACAAUAAUUGACGCUUGAGGCAGCACAUUUACUUGUUAUUGUGGCAGCAAAAAGGCAACAAAAGCCCGAGAAAACUUAACCAAAAUAUCGCCAUAAAGUUUUCACAUCGUUCACGCGAGAAAUCAAAAAAAAAAAAAAAAAAAAAAAAAAAAAAAAAAAAAAAAAAAAAAAACGCUACUCAUAAAUUUCUUUUUUGACACAAAAGCGCUUGUUAAGCACAAACAUUUUCAAAAUUACUAAAAUACAUCAACAACCCAAAUCACCGACACCAACUACCACAGACACGCUCCAAGAACCGAUACGGCCUAAGCCAGUAGACAAUUUAUUUAAUAUAUCGACAACCACCACGACCAAGACUCUGACUACGUCCGUUAAUCACGUCACUGAGAACGCCAUGAAUACGAGUAAAAUUAAAAAACGUGAUACUGACUUAUGACUGGUGCACACCAAGGGUGGCAUGGGAAGCAGCAGCGGUAAUCGUUAUAAAGUAACGACACGCUGUGUGCCAGAAGUCAAUAUUACAUCGCCAAAUCAAAGUCAUGAUUAUUCCACCCCAAUACAGCCAACUGCGACAACAACAACAACAACAACAACAACUGUGACAUCCGGUGCAUCAGCAAUUCUAACUUCGGCACUACCUUCCCAUAUGGCCAGCAUAUACUCACAAACGCAAUAUUUCGGCAGUAAUAGUAAAAACAAAAACAGUAGCAACAUUAUCUUAACCACCAACACCACCUCCACAACCAAUAACAACAACAAUAACAAUAAUAAUAAUAACAAUAACAUCAAUCAUCAUAAGAAUCAGAGUAGAAACCAGGCAAACAGUAAAAGUAAAAAGCAUGCACUCAAACAUAGACAAUUAUCAUCAAUUAACCCAAUCAUUUUCCCACCAGGAGCCACCCUAGUAGAGGAGGAAGACUUCAACGAACUCACCGCCGUACCAACCUCAACGAUUGUGAUAGCGACCAAUGCCAAGGGUGACACAAAAAUCACGACCCGACACUUGCCACCAUUGAAAUUAAACGGCAAAGUGACAACACCUCAAGGUCCCAGUUCGACUAUAGCAGCCACAGUUAAAAAUGUCCUACAACGACAACAGACUUCAUCAACGAGUCCAAAAAUCCCAAAAGUGACAGCCAAUUCGCAUAAUUUAAAUAUAACCGCUCAGUUAAGUGAGGAUAGUCAAACUAACGAAUUCACUCCACUAGUCUCGGAAUCGCAAACGAUAUCUUCAAAAACCCCUAACGGAGAAAUUAAAACGUUUGGAAUUGAUCCGGUGAACACAAUUAUUGACAACACGACUUUCCAACCUAAAAGCGCAAUUACCGCUACACCAUCCGCUACAAAUACCGCCGCCGUCACCACUACUACAUACAGUCACAAUUCAAAAACAACACGUUCUUGGCCCGUAAUUUAUCGUAAUCCACAUCAUUACGACUACGAGGCUUUAUAUGCAAACAGUAACGCAAACAAGGGCGCUCCACCGGCUAACUCAGUAUCCUUCAGACAAAAUUGCUAUUCUAAUCAAUUCAAACAAUCGAUUGUCUACUCCUCAAGCAAUGAAGACUUGGCCACUAUAAAUGAGUGCAUUGCAAGUGGUGGCGGCGGAACUAGCGGCUAUAGCAAUCAUAAUCAACAGACAACCUGCUAUUAUUUUGCACCAAGUCGUCAUAAUAGCAUAUAUGAACAUCCCGCAUCCGUUCUUGGUAGCUCUUUGCACUUUGAUAAUCAAAGCGCAAACGCGGCUAAUACGGCAGCUGCUGCGGCUGCUAUCGAAUCAAUACGACACAGCAAUAGUAUCCUGCUUCGUAAUAGUAGCUGUUCGUCAAAAAUUAUGCAACAGCUUGGUACGGGCGGUGGCGGAAGCGGAGCCAUAGAUUCAUCAAAUUCAAUUACUUCGGCCAUGGAUGGCACAAAUCAAGUUGUUACCUCAACAUGUUGCUCAAAUUGUUGCGUGGGUCCACCGCCUGUACUUUUCUUAUUUAUCACUCUGCUGAUGACCACAAGUGCAACGGCAAUGCUAUGCGCUGCCAUUAUGACUGAUCAUUGGGAACAUGUCAUAUGGGAUCGUCACAGUUUAGAUAGGUAUACUAAUCGUUCAAAUUUAAACCUGGAUUGGAUUAUGAAUGACAAGAUAGCGAUGCUAAAGCCGGAUAGAAGAGGUGAUCAUCGAUUUCGUCGUGAUACACUGUUCCUUGUACCCAUGCAUGGCGGCAUUUGGACUUUAUGCAUAGACUUACCUUUACAUGAAUUACAGGAAUUAAGACGCCACCCGAAAUUCCCACCGAGUGCGCCAACAUGUCUCAAUUAUUUGGCGGGAUCUUCGGAGAAUGCCCGCGGUGAAGAGCAACGCAACGAUUGGCAACAUAGUGAGUCACAGACGCCAUUGCAGCCUCAUUUGCGAAUGCAAAAUUUGUCCAUUUCUUGUUCUUUAGUAUGUUUAAUAAUAUUGGGCAGCGCGGCUUUGGUGGGAGCUUUCGGUGUUUGUCAACGUCAAAUAAGUGCAAUACUUAUAACUGGAGUCAUGUAUUUACUAGCAGCUUUAUUCGCUUUAUUCACUCUAAUGAUUAUACACUUUAAACGUCAGCAAGGACGACCUAUGCUGGAUAGUGAUUACGAUGGUACAGUGGACGGUAUAGUCGCGAGACCCGGCGGAGCGGCUAUUAUGGCUAAGCCCCUACUUGGUGCUAGAGUGUUUUUAACAUCUUGGAGUUUAGACUUAGGCUGGGGUGGUGUAGUAUUAUGUGCUAUCGCUUCAGUUUUAUGGAUAUUGCUUUCAAAAAUUAUGCGUUAUAAUCCAUUUUCAACGUUAAUGAUUUAGUUGUAAAGCCAAAGCUUGACACUGACUAACUAGUGUGAUUUAAAUGUAAUU